AUGUUGACUUCUGAUGAAAUACCUUCAACGGAUGAAGAAUUAACGACACCUGAAUACUUGGUUUCAUCAAGAUCAGGCGAGUUGUAUUAUAUAUUUACCCAAACGUACGAGUUUGUGAAUAGUGAAACUGAUUUUACAGAAGGAUUUGUUACAACAAAAUCAAUAAAUCGUAAAGAAGCGGCAACGUAUAAAUUUAGCGCAACUACGAUAACUACUGAUGCAUCUUAUUACAAACAUCUAACAAAUGAAAAGAAUUAUCAUCAUAAAAGCAAUUCGGACCCUGGAACUAUUGCAGGCAGUGUUGUUGGUUCAAUUGCUGGUUUUAUGAUAUGUAUUUUCCUUGUGUGGUUUCUUGUUCUAAGAAAAAGAAAUAAGAAAAGUGAUUCAUCAGUGAAGGGACAAUUUACACAUGCAGUUGGAAGAAAAAUCACCAAUUUCGAUUCUUUUAAUUCCAAUAGUGAAUAUGAUAUUAAUGACAACCCAAUUUCGGAAGGGACAAUAUUCCAACCACAUGAUAACUGGACAAUUCUAAACAGACAAAGAUCUGAUUAUUUUAAUGAUAAUGGUAAUAGAAAAAAUAGCAAGGAUGUUAACAACAAAAGUGCAGGUAAAGAAGCACCUAAAUUACCGCCACCUCGUAAAAAUCUCGCGGUCAGAAAUGAGGAAGCUGGAAAUACCAAGGGAUCUCAUAAUUCGUUAAAUUCAUCUUCCACUAUGAGUUCAUCAAAUUUUGAACUAGGAUUCGAUUUCUCAACUAUUUCAAGUACUUCUCUGCGGUACGAAUAUCCAAUAGAUAAUAUAUUUGAAGAUGAAGAAGAUUCCAAUGUACCUGGUUUCUUUAGAGAAGUUUUUUAA